AUGGCUUCCAAGGUUGUGAGGUGGAUUUCUACAUGCUUCCUUGUGGCAUCCAUGUUCUCUAACUUUGAGAGCGUCUGUGUUAAUGGCCACACAUACACUGCGUUCAAUGACUACCAUCGUGCCUCUCAUAAUUACGCCCUUGAUGGGCUAUAUUGCGCUACAUAUGACCCUAAUCAGACCCUAGACUGGCGCAAGGAAUACUUUUGGACUGCGUAUUGUGACAAAGCCGGCCAGCCCAUGGAGCCUUCCCUCUGCGGCGCCUGCAUCCAAGUGACAAAUAAUUCGACGGGUCAAAAUGUUACCGUACGAAUUCUGGACGGGUGCCAAAAUGGAGGAUUGGUUUUAGAAAAGGAAGCUUUUAAUGCCAUUGAUGGAGAUGGGAAAGGAAAGCAUGACGGUCAUAUGUUUACUACCUACAAGUUCGUGGGGUGUUAG